AUGGAGUCAACCAGACUGUCCAUCUUGGCUCUCUUUCUGUUGGUGGUGCUCGGAUCAUCCAGUGCAAAGGUUGAAGAAGAGAACCCAGAGUUCUGGAGGUCACAGGCCAAGAAGACUUUGCAGUCAGCACUGGACAGGAAGCUCAACACCAAUGUUGCCAAGAACAUCCUGUUUUUCCUGGGAGAUGGUAUGGGAAUCACAACCUACACGGCUGCUCGUAUCCUCAAGGGACAGUUGCAGAACCAGUCAGGGGAGGAGACGGUGAUGACCAUGGACACCUUCCCCAAUGUGGGGCUGGCUAAGACCUACAGUGUGGACUUCCAGAUUCCAGACAGUGCAGCCACGGCCACAGCGUACCUGUGUGGAGUAAAAACCAACCUGAACGUCAUUGGGCUGAGUGGAGCCGCUCGCAAUGGAAUCUGUAAAACUCAGAAGGGCAACGAAGUCACGUCCAUCUUGAAGUGGGCUAAAGAUGCCGGAAAGUCUGUGGGUAUCGUAACAUCCACACGUGUGCAACAUGCCACCCCGGCAACCACCUACGCCCACAGCGCCAGCAGAAGCUGGUACAGUGAUGCCGACAUGCCCGCCUCCGCCAAGGCGGACGGCUGCACCGACAUCUCCUCCCAACUCCUCAAAAACACAGACAUCGAUGUGAUCAUUGGGGGUGGUAGGAAGUACAUGACCCCCCAGGGCACCAAGGACCCGGAAUACCCCAGAGAUUACGCCUCCAGGGGGAAUAGAAAAGAUGGACGCAACCUAAUCACAGAGUGGCAGAAUUCGAAAAUCGGAAAGGUAGCUCACUACGUGUGGAAUAAAACAGAGUUCGACGCUGUUGACCCUGAAAACACAGAUUACCUCAUGGCGCUGUUUGAACCUGGUGAUCUCCGCUUUGAGGAAGAAAGGGACCCAAUGAUGGAUCCAUCCAUCGUCGAGACCACAGAAAAGGCCAUCCGCAUCCUGCAAAAAAACCCUAAAGGCUUCUUCCUGCUAGUAGAGGGAGGACGUAUCGACCAGGCUCACCAUGAAGGCCGGGCAUACAUGGCACUCCAUGAGACAGUCGCUUUUGACAACGCCAUUGCCAAGGGCCUUGAACUCACCAAAGAGGCUGAAACUCUCACUAUAGUAAUGGCUGACCACUCCCACCCUUUGACAUUCAAUGGAUUCCCAUUCCGGGGGCAGAACAUUCUAGGUAAAUCUCCACUGUGGGCUACAGACAUGAAGCCGUACACCAUUCUGAUGUACGGCAACGGACCCGGACACAAAAUCGUUAAUGGCAAGCGCCCUGACCUCCGUAAUGUCACCACCGAUGGUAAAGACUACCACCAGCUGGCUGCCGUCCCCUUACAAUCGACCACCCACAGCGGGGAGGAUGUGGCCGUGUUGGCCCGUGGACCCAUGGCCCACCUCUUCCAGGGCGUCCAGGAGCAGAGCUACAUCGCCCACGCCAUGGGCUACGCUGCAUGUGUGGGCGCCGACCUGCGUCACUGCCAGGACCCUGCGCUUCACACCACCAUCGACCCCAACAACGCAGCUAGGGCCUCGUCAGCUUUGCUCAGCAGCCUCCUCAGUGCACUGCUGGCCCUCAAAGUGUUAAUUUAAGAUCCUUUUUCCUUCCUGAUCUGACUCUGUGGUCUGAGGUCAGGGUUGAACAGCAGCAGAAUCUGUGGCUUCCUCGAGGACACUGUCAUAGGGAAGACGUGUGCUAAUGUGUCCACCUGAAGCAGGUCAUGUUGCUGCUAGUAGAACAUCUUGAUCACACAGAGAGGAUCAGGCUUUUAAAUGCCAUAUGUUAAAUAUUUCAGAGAAUCUCAGCCUCCCAAAGACAGGAAAGAAUUAUAAUAUUUAAAAUAACCUAUUGAAAUGUGCAUUCAUCAUCCAAUAAAGCAGUCCUUCACUUUGGA